GCUCGUAGUGCACUUACAUCGAGGUGGAGCAGGCGGGCGAGACCCACGCCGUGGUGCUGAGCCGCCCCGCGUGGCUCUGGGGCGCCGAGAUGGGCGCCAACGAGCAUGGCGUGUGCAUCGGCAACGAGGCCGUGUGGGGCCGCGAGGAGGUCGCCGACGACGAGGCACUGCUGGGCAUGGACUUGGUGAGGCUUGGACUCGAGAGAGCAAACACAGCUGAAAAGGCCCUUACUGUCAUAGUUGAUUUGCUAGAAAAAUACGGACAGGGAGGAAACUGUAUGGAGAGCCAUAUGGCUUUUACUUACCAUAACAGUUUUCUGAUAGCUGACAGAAAGGAGGCGUGGGUGCUGGAGACAUCCGGAAAAUACUGGGCAGCAGAAAAAGUAGAAGGUGGUGUACGGAAUAUUUCCAAUCAGCUCUCUAUCACAACCAAGAUUGACAGAGAACAUCCAGAACUGAGGGAAUAUGCAAAAAGCAAAGGCUGGUGGGAUGGGGAAAAGGAAUUUGAUUUUGCUGCCACGUAUUCUUAUGUAAAUACUGCCAGAAUGACUACAUCCAGAGGCCGAUACUGUGAAGGCUAUAAACUUCUGAACAAACACAAAGGCUCUAUUAGUUCAGAAAUAAUGAUGGAAAUUCUUCGCGACAAAGAGAGUGGCAUUAAUAUGGAGGGUGGAUUCAUGACAACGGGAAGCAUGGUCUCCGUGUUGCCUCAGGAGCCGGGUCUCCCGUGUGUUCACUACUUCACAGGGACUCCAGACCCUGAGAGGUCUGUAUUUAAGCCUUUCAUUUUUGUGCCCAAUAUAACACCAUUGUUAAAAACCAGCUCCCCUACAUUUGGUCCUGAUGAUCCAGUUAGGAAGCAACCACGCUUUCAGACUAAGCCAGAUCGAAGACAUGAGCUCUAUAAAAAACAUGAAAGUGCUGCUGUAGUUAUGGACACUACCAAGGAAAAAGGUAAAAAGAUACUGGAAGAGCUGCGGAAGUUGGAGAAACAGAAAAUCAGUGAAAUGGAAUCAAUCCUGCAAAACAGCUGUCUUGACACUAGCCAAGCUGCUAACCUUUUCGCACAGUGUGUAGAAGAAGAACUCAAACUAUAUACAUAAAGCUACUGUGUGAAUGCAAUAUA